CAGCAGCUCCACCUCUUGGGAGUGUAACUUCCUUAUCACCCUACGUGUAAAGGCCAGGGACUACGCGCAAGCACCGCCCACCCGUAAGCCGCACCCAGUGGGAUGAGCCUUCUCGGUUUAGUGCAUGGGAUGCCGGCUCCAUGAGCUCCGGUACCCAGCGGUGGAGGCGCCAUGAGGAUAGGUCGCUACAGCGGGGCAAUGCCCGGCCUCUUGUUAUUGCUAGUGGUGGCGACGCGAGCUGCCAAAGGAUCAACACUGCCUCCCUCAGGCUGCGAGGAGGGCCAGUUCCAGUGCAGGAACCAGCGCUGUAUACCCAUUGUGUGGAGGUGUGAUGAAGAUGAUGACUGUGCCGAUAACAGCGAUGAGGAUGACUGCCCUAAAACAACAUGUGGAGAAGAUGAGUUUACCUGUAACAAUGGUCACUGUAUCUCUGCACGUUGGAAAUGUGAUGGGGAGGAGGAGUGUCCUGACAAAAGUGAUGAGUCUGAGGCCACUUGCAGUAGUGCAAAGCAGGUAUGUGCUGCACAGAAGUUCAGCUGUGGGGGACCAAGCAAUAAAUGUAUCCCAGUAUCCUGGAGAUGUGAUGGAGAACAAGACUGUGAGAAUGGACUAGAUGAGAAGGACUGUCCCACUAGCUGCACCUCUGGUGAAUUUCAGUGCAACAAUAAAACCUGCCUGUCUAGUGUAUUUGUGUGUGAUGGUGUCAAUAACUGUGGUGACGGCAGUGAUGAGAGGGGAUGCCUGCCCAUUACCUGCAAACCAGAGGAGUUUCGCUGUGGGAACAAUGAAUGUAUCCUUGAGAAAUGGGUGUGUGACGGGCAGCCAGACUGUGAUGAUCAGUCAGACGAGUCGGAGGCUUACUGUGGCCUAAAAAACCAACCUCAGGCUAUCACACAAUGUGGGGAACAUGAAUUCCGCUGCAACAAUGGCAUUUGUAUCCACUUAAACUGGAGGUGUGAUGGGGAUGAAGACUGCAAGGACAAAUCUGAUGAGAUGGAUUGCCACCUGGCAACAUGCCGUCCUGAUGAGUUCCAGUGUGGAGAUGGAUCAUGUGUCCAUGGCAUGAAGCAAUGUAAUGGGAUCCGUGAUUGUCUGGACAGCAGUGAUGAGGCAGGUUGUCAGAGCGCUCACGCUCCUUGUGAAGCGAAUGGAAGGUUCCAAUGUAAAAGUGGGGAAUGUAUUGAUAGCACCAAAGUGUGUGACAGUCACAGAGACUGCCGGGAUUGGUCUGAUGAGUCCCUCACAGCAUGUGAGAUCAAUGAGUGUCUGGCUAAUAACGGGGGCUGCUCUCACAUCUGCCGGGACCUGAACAUGGGUUAUGAAUGUGAUUGCCCUUUGGGUUAUAAACUGAUGGACAAGAAAACCUGUGGAGACAUUGACGAAUGUGAAAACCCUGAUGCCUGUAGCCAGAUUUGUGUUAAUUACAAGGGUGAUUUUAAGUGUGAAUGUUACGAAGGAUAUGAAAUGGAUAGUGUGUCUAAAACCUGCAAGGCUGUGGGCCAGAAUCCUUAUCUUAUCUUCACAAAUCGCCAUGAGCUCCGUCAGAUUGACAUUGUGCAUCGAGAUUAUUCUCGCCUUGCUGCACAGCUGAAAAAUGUGGUGUCUUUAGAUGUGGAGGUUACAAGCAGAAUGAUCUACUGGUGUGAUCUUUACUACCGCAGGAUCUACAGUGCUCCCUUGGACAGAGCUGCCGACCCAACAGAACAUGUGGUAAUAAUUAACACCAAUCUGCACUCCCCCGAGGGCUUAGCCAUUGACUGGAUUCAUAAGAACAUUUACUGGACUGAUUCUGGCAACAAGACUAUUACUGUGGCAACAGCUGAUGGCUGCAAGCGGAAAACACUUUUCAAGAAUGGCCUUGGAGAGCCGAGAGCCAUUGCAGUGGAUCCAACGCAGGGGUUCAUGUUUUGGUCAGAUUGGGGGGACCCUGCAAAGAUAGAAAAGGCUGGACUGAAUGGAGGGGACCGACAGGUGCUGGUAUCUGAUAAUAUUGAGUGGCCAAAUGGAAUUACAAUCGAUGUACUUGGCUGCCGGCUGUACUGGGUGGACUCCAAGCUUCAUACAUUGUCUAGUGUGGACUUCAAUGGCUUCAACAGAAAGCUUCUAAUAUCCUCAGAGGACAGUCUGAGUCAUCCAUUUGGUCUUGCAGUAUUUGAGGACAAAAUUUUUUGGACUGAUUUGGAGAAUGAAGCAAUCUUCAGUGCAAACAGACUAACUGGUCAUGAGAUUUCUAUCCUUGCAGACAACCUGAAUAACCCACAUGAUAUUGUGGUAGUUCAUCAGCUCAAACAACCAAAAGCUGUGAAUGCUUGCAACCAGGGACCUUUCCCAAAUGGUGGCUGUGAGUAUCUGUGCCUUGCAGCUCCCCAAAUCUCUGCUCACUCACCAAAGUACACAUGUGCCUGUCCAGAUGGCAUUGAGCUGGGGCCAGACAUGAGAAGUUGUGAAAAAGUCACUGUUGCAACUGCAGAACCUGUAGCCAAUGUAGCAACUGCUAUCCACCAGCAGGUCCCAGAACCCAGUACAACAGCUGAGACAACCACUUCUGCUCUUCUCACCUCAAUUUACACUACUACUACUGCUGCUGCUACUACUACUGAGAUAUCACUAAACUAUUCCAGUGUAACCAACAUUCACCAACCUUCCUCUUCAUCCACGGACAGAGACUCCAAGAAUAAAAACACUGGAAAUAGCAACUUGUCCCUACACUAUGGAAACUCCGAUUCUGACCUUAGUUCUACAUUGACUGCGGCAGUGAUUGGAGUUGCUGUUCCUCUUGCUGUACUUGCUCUUCUGUGUCUGUUGGGAUAUCUUAUCUGGAGAAACUGGAAACGAAAGAACACAAAGAGUAUGAACUUUGAUAACCCUGUAUACCGUAAAACCACAGAAGAUGAGGAGGAGGAGGAAGAAGAGAUCCACAUUGGAAGAACAUCGCAAAUUGGUCAUAUUUAUCCAGCAAGAGUUGCAUUAAGCCUGGAAGAUGAUGGGUUACCUUGAAGACUGAGGAUGCCCCACUACUCCUCCUUUUUCAUAUUCUGAUGCUGUGUAACAAAAAAACAUUGUGACACCAUGGUGGGAGCAGUAUAUGAGUACAUGGAACUUAUGUGGACUUGCCCAGAUCAUGUAAUAUAUACUGUGAGGAAUGUCCGUAGAUCCUGGUUACAUGUAGUGCAGCGAGGCUGAUGCUGUGUUAUGCGCAGUGCUGAAACUAAUCCUCUCUGCCUUUUUAGGAACAUAACAAAUUUCUUAUUUAUUCUGGUGAUGGAAAACCACAAAUAUAUAAUUUUUCAGACAUCCAAAGGAUGUGAGGGUUUCUAUGUAUAAUCUUUUAUACAGAUUUUUACUUGAUUCAGGCCGAGGUACUCCUUGAUCUCUGUAUAUAAAAGCCUCCCAGGGCAACCUACCAUUUUAAGAUAUAUUUAUAGAUAAUUUUGUACAUACCUUAACAAAACUUUGUGGUUUUCCAUCAGCGAAACCUUUAAAUUAAUAAUGAAACAUUGACUUUUGUAGCAUAUUUAUUAACCUAGAGCUGGAUGGCUUUUUGUGAGGGUGGGAGGAGGCUUGUGUUCUGUAAAUAUGGAUCAGAGUAUUUAUUUUUCUGUAUGUUUUGAAAUUCUAUGUUUGGCUUAGUGCCCCAUUACAGAAUAUUUGGAUUUGUUAG